CGUCCAGCUUUACCUCGGCGGCAUUUCUUGCAUGCUGGAACGAAGCCAGCAGAGCGAAGCAAACAAACCACGUCGCCCCGCUUAGUCGCAGUAGCUUGGGUCGCUAGCACGGCAAUCAUGAUGAACCGCCGACCUGUCGCUACUGCUGCAUCUUACUACCACCUCCCCUACGCUACGAACAGCUUUGCCCACGGACAAUAUCAUGAUCCGGCCUUCCUGUCCGUGGGCUACCGACCGCUGCAUUUGCCGUUGCAGCAACAGCAACAUUCCGCAGAGCAUUUGUCCUUAGCCGGCUUUCAGGACCCUGGCUUCCAACUCCUGCAACAGCCGUCAGUACAUCAACACUCACUGCCCGUACGCACGCGACUGCAGCAUCGUCGAGCCGCCCAGGAGGCGAUGGCACACCCACAGCAGUCAGAGGAGCAGUUGGCAGAGCUUCAGAAGUUGAGCAACGCGUGGGAGCCGGAAGUGAUUGGGCCGCUUGUUGGUCCACGCGAGCCGAGCACCAAGAUCACAACUGAGUAUGCGUCUGCUGACCCGGUAUAUCAAGUCAAGACUGCGGCACUACCGCAGAAGUACUCUCAUUACCGUACAGUCAGGGGCGAUGGCAAAUGCGGUUGGCGAGCGGUCGGCUUUGGCUACUUCGAAGCCCUCAUCCGCUCGGAUGACAGCACCAAGUUUCUCUUCGAAGAGGCUCGUCUCAGGUCGAUGUCCAACGUAUUCACUGCUGCUGGUAUCGACUCCAUGGUGUACGAGGACUUUGCGGAUGAGGCUCUUGGAUUGCUGAGGCGCAUCUACGACGCCGCGCAUACCGGUGAUGCUACUGAGAUCCUGUUCGAAGCGUUCAAUGACGAGACGGUCCAGAACUACAUCAUCACCUACCUCAAGCUUAUAACCACGGCCUGGAUGAAGACGAAUGCCGGGGACUAUGCGCCUUGGAUCGAGAACGGCCAGACUGUGGAUGAGUACUGCGAUCACUCCAUCAUGCCGAUCGGCGCGGAGAUUGAAUCCGCUGGUCUCGCGCCACUCAAGGAUGUUCUACUGUCUCCCGCAGGCAUCGCGCUAGAGGUGCAUUAUCUUGACCGAUCUCCCACCGACGCUGGUGAUAUCCAAAACUACUAUUUCGGCCCAGCCAGCCAGCCCACCGUUGGCACUGUGAGACUCCUCUACCGACCUGGCCACUACGAUAUACUCUACAAGAACGAGGACUUCCCACAGCAAGUGACAACCUACCUACAGUUCGCCAACCCAGACCACCAAGACUACGUGCAGAACAUCGCUGGCUGCGACUUCAUGACGGCCAUACCUGGAGGUUCAAUCAUUAACCCCCAUCAAGCCUGGCUAUCUGGUUCAUGCUACGGCAACAGCGUGUCCGACAUCUCCGCGACUCCGGCACCCAUUCAGCAGUGCGUCCAGCGGACUCCAGCGGCUGUCCACGCGCCCUCCGUCAUCGUGCACCAACAGUUGCAGCCGCAAACGUUGUACAUUCCGGCUCCUCCACAGCAGCUAAUAACGCCGCCCACUGAGCUACCUCAGGAGCUGGUCAUACGUACUUUACCGCAGGUCAGUCUCGCGCAAGCCGGCCUUCACGGGCAGGGAGCCGGACCGUUCAGAGCUUCGCCCUGGCAGUAUGAGGAUGGCCUCAUGCAAGCCACUUCACGUAUGCCAUUGCAGACUACCAUCUUCCGCAAUUCCCACUUCAAUACAGCGCAUUUCAAUAACCCGGACUUCCAGCCUGAGGAGUGGAAGCCGGAUGACGACUACGUGACAACAACUUCGAAAGGCUUCCGACAUAGAAACGGCUGAUGAGGCUUGUACUGCUCUUUGCGAAGUCGCACGAUCGUUCCCUGCGCGGUCUGCCUACCGUUGACACCGACGAUUCGAGCAUUAGCGGCCAAUCAAGGCGGAACACCAAGUUGCAGCUUGCAUGCAUUAUCAUACCGCCAACACUCCUAUCAUAACCAAGCGACACCUGCAUACGCUCCUUGGUCUUUUCGCUCAAUGAGCGAAGCAGAUGGUUAACGACGCCUUGACGACCAUAGACUUAU